AUAUCGAGCAGGCAGCCAAGAAUGAAGAAAGCAAGCCGGAUUGUUAGUUCGGUGCCCAAAGUGCCUGGAAUAACUAAAGUGCAAAUGGUAGAGAAAGUUAAAACAGAGACCGGUUCCACAACGUCUGCAGUAACGAAGCUUCCGAAAGCAGGAACAGCAGCCUCUUUCCUCAAGACUAAGAGCAGCGAGGAUCUUUUAGCUGGAAUGGCUGGAGGGAUGAACGUCAGCAACGGUGUCAAGGGGGGGAAGAAGAGCGUGUCUACCUCCACGGCCCCUUCGGCUGCGGGGAAUGCCACCCUGGGCCCCGCGGAGAGCAGAUCCAAGCCCACCACAGGUACACAUUCUUCAACUAAGCGUAGCACUUCAUCUGCAAAUAAGGAAUCCAGCUCUUCUCGGGAAAGAAUUCGUGACCGUUCACGACCAACGCAAAGCAAAAAAUUGCCCCCAGCUGGUCAGGCAAGCAGCGAUCUCCUUCUUGCAAAACGUUCCCGCAGCCGUGCCAAUCCAGAUUCUGAUGUUCGCAUGAGCAAGUCAAAGUCAGACAAUCAGAUCAGUGAUAAAUCUGCUCUAGAGGCGAAAGUGAAAGAUCUCUUGAUGUUGGCCAAAACAAAAGACGUCGAGAUCCUCCACUUAAGGAAUGAACUAAGAGAGAUGCGUGGUCAGCUGGGCCUUCAUGAAGAUCCCUUUGAGGGUGAUGAAAAAUCUGAGGAUAAAGAAACAAUUGUGAUCCACCAGCCGACUGAUGUAGAAUCCGCCCUGCUGCAGUUGCAAGACCAAAACUCGGCCAUACGAGAGGAGCUGAAUCAGCUGAAAAAUGAAAACCGGAUGUUAAAGGAUAGAUUAAAUGCCUUGGGUUUUUCUCUAGAGCAAAGAUUGGAUAAUUCCGAAAAGCUGUUUGGUUACCAGUCUCUGAGCCCAGAAAUGACAACUGGAAGCCACAGCGAUGGUGGAGGAACUCUUACUUCCUCCGUAGAAGGUUCCGCUCCUGGUUCCAUGGAAGAUCUUCUAAGUCAGGAUGAGAACACAUUGAUGGACAAUCAACACAGUAACUCCAUGGAUAACUUAGAUAGCGAGUGCAGUGAAGUGUACCAGCCGCUCACGUCCAGUGACGAUGCUUUAGAUGCUCCAUCGUCUUCAGAGUCGGAAGGACUGCCGAGCAUAGAGACAUCAAGAAAAGGCAGCAGCGGCAACGCCAACGAAGUAUCCGUGGCUUGUUUAACAGAACGGAUUCAUCAGAUGGAAGAGAACCAGCAUAGCACAGCGGAAGAACUUCAAGCAACUCUUCAGGAACUUGCAGAUUUGCAGCAAAUUACGCAGGAGUUGAACAGUGAGAAUGAAAGGCUUGGAGAAGAAAAGGUAAUCCUCAUGGAAUCUUUGUGCCAGCAAAGUGAUAAGUUGGAACACUUUAGCCGACAAAUUGAGUAUUUCCGCUCUCUUUUAGACGAGCAUCAUAUAUCAUAUGUUAUUGAUGAAGACAUGAAAAGUGGGCGCUACAUGGAGCUAGAGCAACGUUUUAUGGACCUUGCAGAGAAUGCGCGUUUUGAAAGAGAGCAGCUUCUGGGUGUCCAGCAGCAUCUAAGCAACACUUUGAAGAUGGCCGAGCAAGACAACAAGGAAGCCCAGGAGAUGAUCGGGGCAUUGAAGGAACGGAAUCACCACAUGGAGCGGAUUCUUGACUCGGAGCAGAAGAACAAGGCCACUCUGGUGGCUGCCUUGGAUGAGUACAAAGCUGCCGUCUCCAGUGACCAAAUUGAGAUGAACCGAUUGAAAGCACAGCUGGAACAUGAGAAGCAGAAAGUUGCUGAACUCUAUUCUAUACACAAAUCGGGCGACAAGUCCGACAUCCAGGACCUGCUAGAGAGCGUCAGGCUUGACAAAGAGAAAGCAGAGACAUUGGCCGGCAACUUACAAGAAGAGCUUGCUCGGACACGUAACGAUGCCAACCGUCUCCAAGAUGCCAUUGCAAAGAUUGAAGAUGAGUAUAGAGCUUUCCAAGAAGAAGCCAAGAAGCAAAUUGAGGAUCUGAACAUGUCCUUAGAGAAAACACGCGCAGAACUGGAGGAGAAGGAGACGGAAAGGAGUGACAUGAAAGAAACCAUAUUUGAGUUGGAGGACGAAGUGGAGCAGCACCGAGCAGUGAAACUCCACGAUAAUCUCCUCCUCACUGACCUGGGCAACACAGUUAAGAAGCUUCAGGAUCAAAAACAUGACAUGGAAAGAGAGAUCAAGACCCUGCACAGGCGGCUGAGGGAAGAGUCUGCAGAGUGGCGCCAGUUUCAAGCAGACUUGCAGACUGCUGUGGUCAUUGCUAAUGACAUAAAAUCUGAAGCCCAGGAAGAAAUUGGAGACUUAAAGCGCAGGCUGCAUGAAGCUCAAGAAAAGAAUGAAAAGCUCACCAAAGAGCUCGAGGAAAUAAAAUCACGCAAGCAAGAAGAGGAACGUGGCCGAGUUUACAACUACAUGAAUGCUGUGGAAAGAGACUUGGCAGCUCUGCGGCAAGGCAUGGGGGCGAGCCGGAGGUCCUCCACGUCUUCGGAACCGACCCCCACGGUCAAAACCCUCAUCAAGUCCUUUGAUAGCGCCUCACAAGUUCCUAGUCCUGCUGGAGCUACAAUUCCCCGAACUCCACUCAGCCCAAGUCCUCUGAAAACCCCUCCGGCAGCUGCCGUCUCCCCCAUGCAGAGACACUCCAUCAGUGGACCAAUAUCUGCUUCUAAGCCGCUUGCUACUUUAUCAGACAAAAGGUCCAGCUAUGCGGAAAUUCCAGUUCAAGAUCAUUUGCUGAGAACUUCUUCUACUAGCAGACCAGCUUCUCUGCCAAGAGUCCCUGCGAUGGAAAGUGCUAAAUCUCUCUCUGUGUCCCGCCGAAGCAGCGAAGAAAUCAAACGGGAAAUGACCGCUCCCGAUGGAACAUCUCCAGCCUCCCUCGUAGCAAUUGGGACCGCUUCACCACAACUGUCGCUCUCAUCUUCACCAACAGCAUCGGUCACUCCUACAACACGGAAUCGAAUAAGAGAGGAGAGGAAAGACCCUCUGUCUGCCCUGGCAAGGGAGUACGGGGGCUCCAAGAGAAACGCUCUGCUGAAGUGGUGCCAGAAGAAGACGGAGGGCUACGAGAAUAUCGAUAUCACCAACUUCAGCAGCAGCUGGAACGAUGGCUUGGCGUUCUGUGCCGUUCUCCAUACUUACCUCCCAGCACACAUUCCCUACCAGGAGCUGAACAGCCAGGACAAGAGAAGAAACUUCACGCUGGCUUUCCAGGCAGCUGAGAGCGUUGGCAUCAAAUCCACUUUGGAUAUUAACGAAAUGGUACGAACGGAGCGUCCAGACUGGCAGAAUGUUAUGCUCUACGUCACGGCAAUUUACAAAUACUUUGAAACCUGAGAGCAGGAAAAGUGGGGAGAAGCAGAAGCUCAAAACUGUAUCCUAAAACCAACUGGCAUCUUCUGGGUAACCUUCUGGUCAGUUGAGCAAGCCAGGUUUAGUU